AUGUUUGCUGAUAUUGCCGGGUUCACCGCAUGGAGCAGUCUCCGCAAGCCUGCGCAAGUGUUCAUGUUGCUGGAAUCUAUCUUUCAAUUGUUCGACAAAGCCGCCCAAAAGCUCAAGGUCUUUAAGGUCGAGACAGUGGGCGACUGCUAUCUAGCGGUCUGCGGUGUACCUCAGUACAAUAAAGACCAUGCGAUUAUCAUGGCAAGGUUUGCCCGUGCUUGCCAGCAUCGCUCACAACAAGUUUUUCAUUCUUUGGGAAAUACGUUGGGACCCGAUACAGUAGAAUUGGGCAUGAGGUUCGGUUUACAUAGCGGCCCAGUGACAGCAGGUGUGCUGCGUGGCGAUAGGGCCAGAUUCCAGCUUUUUGGAGAUACUGUCAAUACGGCAUCACGUAUUGAAAGCGCAGGUGAGAUCAAUCAAAUCCAUAUUUCUGAG